ACCUCCUCUGCGGAUCCACCGUAGCUACUGCAGUGAAUCCGUCAUCCGUAAAGAGAAAAGGCGAGAGCAAGUCAAGCUGGUCUAUAUUUAUUACAACCAGAAAUAUAUCCCUGAAACAUAGUCUUAAUUGACUGUGCAACGUUGUCCUUUCAAAUUGUUUCCCUUGCGCAGCAGGUGAAGAAACCCAACCGACAGAAUGGGAAACGAAGCAAGUUAUCCCUUGGAGAUGUGCACACACUUUGAUGCUGAUGAGAUUAAGAGGCUAGGAAAGAGAUUUAAGAAACUCGACCUAGAUAACUCUGGCUCCUUGAGCGUGGAAGAGUUUAUGUCCUUACCAGAACUCCAACAGAAUCCCCUUGUACAGCGAGUUAUCGAUAUAUUUGACACAGAUGGCAAUGGGGAAGUCGACUUCAAAGAAUUCAUCGAGGGUGUCUCCCAGUUCAGUGUCAAAGGUGAUAAAGAGAUGAAAUUGCGCUUUGCCUUCAGGAUCUAUGACAUGGACAAGGAUGGCUACAUAUCCAAUGGAGAACUCUUCCAGGUCCUCAAGAUGAUGGUGGGAAACAACUUAAAGGACACCCAGCUUCAGCAGAUUGUCGACAAAACCAUCAUCAAUGCAGACAAAGACGGCGAUGGGAGAAUAUCCUUUGAGGAGUUUUGUGCGGUGGUGGGAGGAUUAGACAUACACAAAAAGAUGGUUGUGGACGUGUGACUGACCUCACGGGCCCCCUCAAAACCCCUUUUCGCUUUCUUCUCCAUUUCUGAGGAUCUGCUCAAGGCGUCAUCCAGCAACGCUCUCUGUGUAUUUUUCAAUGGAAGUAUUUUUCUCUGUGAAGCCACCGUUUUUCCAACCUGAGCCUUCUGAAGCCAACCAUUUUUAAGUGUUAUUGAACAUGAAUUCUCUCAAUAACCCGGUGUAGCACUUUAAAAGCCUGAAGGACAGCUUUUUAUCGUUGAGCGAGUAUUUCAGUUUGG